AUGCCGACAUCACUGCAUCCGCAGGCAAAAUUCGAUGCUAUACCCCCUGAUCUAGACUUGUAUAGUCUAGUGGACAAGACCUCUAACUUCCAAUGGGUUCAGCGCGUUUCAAGAAGUCAAAUACGCAGCCUUGGUCAACAGGAGUUUGAGAAGCUUGUGUUGAUUCACGUUAUCAUCGGCGGCAAGCCUCUGAUUAUUGAUGGGUGGGACGGAGUUCUCCCCAAAUCCCUUUUCGAUGUAGCUUGGUUAGAAAAGACACAUGAUAAGAGACAGGAGAAUGUGAGAGAUAUCACCGCUGGGACCGACAUCCCUAUGACGACGGGCCACUACCUACGAUCGAUGCGACAACUCGCGAACCAGUGGACCCCCGCAAACUUCCGCGACGAGCGACGACAGCGUCUCUAUCUCAAGGAUAUCGACUGUCCUACAGAGUGGCAUGAUGCACUACAAAAAGUUAUCCACCCGAAUCUGUUUUACCUAAACGAGAACGCCAGCCAGGCUGGAGGCCCACAACAGGUGGAAACCGCAUUCCGUGAUGAAGCUGCAGCAGCACCAGCCGGUGACCUGAUGUCAAGCUUACCAAAGGAGAUGCGCGCCCAAAAUCUCAUGUGCUAUGUUGGACACGAAGGUACAUACACCCCAGCACAUCGUGAAAUGUGUGCAUCGCUAGGCCAAAAUAUCAUGGUAGAAGCAUCGAGCGGCGAGAAUGGUGAGAAAACAGGCAGCUCAAUCUGGUUUAUGACGGAAAGCAAAGAUCGUGAGGUUGUGCGCGAGUACUUCCUCUCCAUGUUGGGCCAUGAUAUCGAAAUUGAGAAGCACUUUGCUCAAAUCAACGCAUGGAAGAAAGCGCCUUUCGAAGUGUACAUCGUCGAACAGAGAGUCGGCGAUUUCAUUCUGAUUCCGCCCCUGGCGGCACACCAAGUUUGGAACCGAGGUACUCGAACAAUAAAGGUGGCUUGGAAUCGCACAACUGCCGAGACACUUGAGAUGGCUUUACAUGAAGCGCUUCCGAAGGCUCGCCUUGUCUGUCGUGAUGAGCAGUAUAAAAACAAAGCGAUUAUCUUCUUCACUUUACAGAAGUACUACCGUCAACUCCAAAAACUCGAAGAGAAUGCAGAGAUGACUUCCAUGAGCUUUAUGGGGAUUGGACAAGACACUCUCAGGAGCUCGCCUCGUGCCAAACAACUUGCCGGCGACUUUAAGAAGCUCUUUGCACUCUAUACCGAGAUUCUGCUUGACGAAAUGUUCGCAUUCAAGGAGAAGGAGGUAGAGUUGAUUGAGUUCGACUCUUGCAUUACUUGUUCAUAUUGCAGAUCCAACAUCUUCAACAGGUUUCUGACGUGCAAACACUGCACCCGUAUGCUCGUCAGCGGUGAUGAAGACACAUACGAUGUUUGUAUGGAAUGUUACGCUAUGGGGCGGUCUUGCGCGUGUCUCUCAGGCUUACAAUGGUGCGAACAAUGGACAUGGACUGAUUUGGUCAAUAAUUACGAGGACUGGCGUUCUAUGACUAUCAAGAACGAUGGGUUUGUUGACUUUGAGUCUUCGCCUCAGCCUCUCGAGAUUGCCCGGCAGCGCUCUGCAAAGAGAUCUCUCGCGCAAAUUUGUCAAGAGGCCUUAAGAAGGCGGCCCUGGAAGGAUAUCACCCAGCCGGAACGUGAGCUUACCCCAAGCGAAUCAGAGCCAGAGGUCGAUGGAGAAGGAAGGCCCAAGAAAAAAUACAAGAGGAAGAAGAAGCGAGGAGAGCUGCGGCGAUGUCAUGUAUGCUGUCACAAGGACUACGCUUACCGAGUGCAUCAAUGCACAAACCCUGGCUGCACCGAGUCUUACUGCUAUGGCGUCCUUUACAGAGCCUUUGACAUGUUACCACAAAAGGUUCUAGAAGAUGAGCAGUGGCAAUGUCCCAAGUGCUUGGGUAUUUGCAAUUGCGGUUAUUGCCGUCGUGUGGGCAAUACAGACCCUUACACACCAAAGAAUACUUUGCUGGGACAUGAUACACGCCCUAUCGCUGACGACCGAAGUGUGGAGGCGCUUGUUGACUUCCGUAUCCACAAUCUCUCGUGGCUCAAGGCUGCUGGGGAGGAAAGCCGCAGUAACAACAGCAGACGAAUGAAGAGACUGCGAGAGCAGGCCGACAGUGCAAAGGCACAAGAUAUCACAAAGCAAGAAGAAGCGGAGCAAGCUAUGCAAGUUGAUGCUGAGGCUCACGGAACCAGUGGUGUGCAUGUAUCCGGCAUGAACGGUUAUGGAGAUAAGAGUCAUGUUCUCGGUGGCCACGGCGAUCAGCCCAUGACCGACAACAACGUUCAAGGACUAUUGCCGCGUUAUCAUGAAGCGAAUGGCGAACAAGCCGACGAAUCCAUGGCUAUGGAUAUGUCCCAGUUGGAAGAUGUCGAUGCAUCCCUAUACCCAGAUCCUUCAUUGGUGGCUCGACAGCGUAUAGGCAUGGGCUACUAUGAACCAGAUGACGCACCGGACAGGAUUCUCUUUGAUCCCUUCCAGGCACCCCCUGAGGAGGCCAUACGACCAUCGGAGCCGGAUGUCCCUGAAUUUGUAAAGAAAUCCAUUCGGGCGGCCAAAAGAAAAGCGAAAAGAGAGAACGAAGAUCCAGAUUUCGUUGUUGGCAAGGGGCAUCACAAAAAGCCUCGUCUCACGACUGAACCUGAAGCAGACUUUUUGGACAGUAUGGACCCUGCUUUAUUUAACGGGCCACCCAUAUCUCCUGUAGCUGUCAUGGAUCAACCUGGUCAAGCUAAUAGGGACCAAAGCGUGGCACAAGACGAAGCAACUGACAAUGCUCGGGAUGCAUCAGAUGAAGCUCCAGCUCCACCUAAGAAACGGGGUCAGUUGUUAUUUGAUGCGAACGAGCCCGAGCUUAGGCAUGCCAAACCAACAGCAUCCUACGUUGAGGCUGAAAUGGAUUCCGAUGAGUUUGACGAGGAACAAGUGCAGCAAGCAGAGGCUCCAUCAACUCAAGGUGAUGCAGUUGGAGCUAAGAAAUCGGCUGUCGAUCUAGCUGCUGAUGCAGUUCGUGCCCUAUUUGGAACAUCCUCAUCCUCUAGUCCACAGCCCUUUAUCGAGGCGGAUCUAGCCUCAGCCACCGAGACUAAGACUCCCAAACGGCGUGGUCGUCCGCCCAAGAAUGCAUCCUCUGUCACGCAGUCCACGCCUCCCGGUUCAUCUCAAAGGCCCAACUACGGGCGAACAGGCCGGCCCAGAGGCCGACCUCGCAAAUCACUUCUGUCUCUGGUUGCAGCUGCAGACAAUUCAACUGAGAUCAUUUGCGAGUCUUCUCAGAACCAAGACAGCGAUAGCGACGUUGAACAUGAGAAAAUGGUCCGUGAGUUGGAGGCCAACCUCGCUGCAGACUUGACUCAAGGUGUUUCGGAGGCUACAGCAGAGCCUACUCAGCCUCGACGCCGAGGAAGACCAAGGAAAUCCGGUGUGGCUACCAUCGCGGUAGCUUCUACCCCUACUGAUACAUCUACAGAAGACGUUGAGACCGAGAGUCAUUUCUCUAGGUCUGCGCGUCGUACACGACGAUCGGAGGGUGCUAUCAACCAGCCCAGUCGACCAUUCAUCUCGCCUCCACCGCCAUCGGCUGGUGGGGCAGGUACACAUCUUAUGUCUAUGGCUGAGCGAAUGGCACUUAAAGGAAAGAAGUUCAAGAUUGGCAAACGAAAGUCAAAGGGUGUCUCUGAUAGUGCAGCUGCCACACAGUCAGAAGCCACGACUCCCACGCCAGGCGCUGAGGCUCCCAAAGAGGUAGCUGACGAACCAAUGGCGGAUUUUGAAGAAAUAGUCUCUCGUGAUCCGAGCCCCCACAGUGAAUAUACCGGCGGACAGUCGCCUCAAGUCUGUGUCGAUCAUGAGAGUUCGCGAAGUCCUUCAGCACCUCCUCCCACCCGACGACCUGCACAACCAACCGUAGUCCGAAUUGGUGACACGGAAUCGGAGGCAGGACAGAGUGACUCUAUGACGGGAUCAGACUCAGAUAGCGACGGCGACAUUCCUGCAAGACAAAGCUCUGGCCGAGGGGGUGGCCGUGGUCGUGGGCGUGGCAGAGGGAGGCCAAGGGGUAGAGGAAGAGGGCGUUAA